AGAGAGGUCUAACUCAUAAUCAAAUCAAAUUUUAAACCCCCUAAACAAAUCAAUUUUGAGGGAAUUGCAAGCGAGUAAAAUGGAAAAGCAACCGUGAGGCCUGUAAAAUGAAUCCCACAAAAUAAGGAACCCCUCCACCCACUUCUCACGCUUUCUUACUCCACUUCUCAUGAAAGCUGUUUCUUAUUGGAGUGCAAUCUGCAAAGCCCAUUUCCUCCCUUAUUUUCGAGGUCACUAACAAUGGCAGCUUCUUUUCACACAAAGAAAAUUAAAGAAGCAAGCCCUAUCAUUUGUAGAACUCUCACUACAACAACAAGAAGGAAACCUACUAUGUCAUCAAACCUUUCAAUAUCAUACUUCAAACCGAAGAUAAGGAUCAAAGUUCCCAAGUUGAUAGCCAAAAUCAUGCAAAAAAGGUGUCGUCAGUGCAUAGAUGAUCACAGCAAGAACAAGAAGAAAUGGGCUAAACAAGUUGGCUCAGUCUUCUCGGGUGUCAUGGGUAAAAGGAAAUCAGUAGAUGCAUGCUCUUCCAAUGACAGAAAUGAAGAAGUUUACAGAAAAACAGCUAUGAACAAGGUGGGAUCAGAGACACUGAAGUCUGAAAAAGAUACCACUGAAGGAAUGCAGAAGCGGAAUGGUAAGGUAAAAAGCUCAAUUCAACCAAGAGUGGCCAAUAAACUACCCACGAAAAAGUUUUUGUCUUUCACUAGUUUUUUUAAUAGGAAGAAUAGAAAGAAUUUCAUCAAAGGCAAUAUCAACAAGGAAAAUGAUAGCUGUAGCAUCUGUGAUGGGUGUAGUACACCUAAUUGUAGAACAGUUGGUGGUGUUACCACAAGUUUCAGACUGAUUGGAAAGCAGGGAAGUUCAGGCCACUUGAUUAGAGUUCCAUCAAAAAUACUUACCACUCGGAAAAAGUUGAGGGUGGCAAGGUCCUUGAGAAAGAAAAUGAACAAGCAAUUCGAACGAGGUUCAGAAGAAGAAAAUGAUGGCAAAGAUAAAGAAGAGAAGGGAGAGUUGGAACUAUGCAAGAAGAGGAUUCUAAUGGGAGAGAAGUGCAGACCUCUUGGUUUUUCUGGUACCCUUCAGUAUGAUAAAGAUGGCAUUUUGUUACCAGAGGUCCUCGGUGAGGAUUAUAGGGGAAGUUCCUAGUUCUUUGGUUAGGAACUGAAAGUUCAUUUCAUUUAAUCUUUGUUUAUGCCAGGAUUAGCAAAGUUUAGCCGAGUCCAAGUAGGUAAUAUAUUUGAAGAAUGUUCAAUGGUUAUGUUUUCACAAAAAAAAAUAUCAAGUCGUAGCUUUCCUACUGUUUUUUCUUCUGCUGUUCUUAGAAUUAUGUGAUAGAUCUUCUAACCGAUUCCUCAAAUAUAAGA